AUGCAGGGAGGCAGGGGGUGCAACGCAGGAAAGGAAUUUGAGGCCCAGAGCAGGUCACCAGCCAUGAGCCCUGUGCUCACUCAUUGCCAGGACUACCGGGGCGGCGCGCUGGCUGGGGACCUCUGCGAGGACUUGUGUGUGGCGGGAAAGCUGCUGUUCCAACGCUGCCUGCACUACGACAGGGGCAAGAAGGUGCUACAGGCCGACUGGCGCGGCCGGCCCGUGGUCCUCAAGUCCAAGGAGGAGGCCUUCUCCAGCUUCCCGCCCCUCAGCCUGUUGGAAGAGGAGGCAGGGGAGGGUGGCCAGGACAUCCCCGAGGCAGAGCUCCUCCUGAUGGUGGCUGGGGAGGUCAAGAGCGCUCUGGGCCUGGAGUUGUCCAACAGCAGCCUGGGGCCAUGGUGGCCGGGCAGGCGGGGCCCGCGCUGGCGGGGACAGCUGGCCAGCUUGUGGGCCCUGCUGCAGCAGGAGGAGUACGUCUACUUCAGCCUGUUGCAGGACCUGAGCCCACACGUGCUGCCUGUGCUGGGCUCCUGUGGCCACUUCUAUGCGGUGGAGUUCCUCGCCGCGGGCAGCCCCCACCACAGGGCACUCUUCCCCCUGGACCGGGUCCCAGGUGCCCCUGGGGGUGGCCAGGCCAGGGCCAUCAGUGACAUCGCGCUCAGCUUCUUGGACAUGGUGAACCAUUUUGACAGUGACUUUUCCCACCGCCUCCACCUCUGCGACAUCAAGCCAGAAAACUUUGCCAUCCGGAGCGACUUCACAGUGGUGGCUAUUGAUGUGGACAUGGCCUUUUUUGAACCUAAAAUGAGGGAAAUCCUCGAGCAAAAUUGCACAGACGAUGAAGACUGCAAUUUCUUUGACUGUUUUUCAAGAUGUGAUUUACGAGUCAACAAGUGCGGAGCGCAGCGCGUCAACAACAACCUGCAGGUCAUCUGUGACAAAAUAUUUCGCCAUUGGUUUUCCGCACCUCUCAAGAGUUCUGCAGUCUCUUUCCAGCUUCAGCUGCAGUUACAGGAGGCGGUGCAGGAAUGUGCAGACCCUGGGGUCCCCAGUGGGAACACCCGGAGAGAUACCCCCAGCGUGUUCUGGAAGCUUCGCCGACUCCUCCAAGCCACACUGAGGGAGUUGCAGGAGGCAGAGAAGUAGCCACUCUCUGGCCUUCAACAUGCUCACACAGGAAAAGUGACCUUUGCUGGAUUUCUUCUGCCAUUGUUUGAAAGAUGAGCCAUUUCCCCUGUGCAAAUGAGUGUUCUCUGGGGUGCUGUUCUGGCCUCCACAGUGUGGAGUGGUAAGUGCUGCUGCCAGAGACGAUGCCUCACUCACUCUGGUCCCACCCUGGCCUCUGACCUGUCGCCUUGUGUAAAAGGAGGGAGGAGGUACAGACCUCCCUUCAGGAGGGCCCUCAGUCAGAAGACACAAACCUGUGUGCCAUUAUUCUCUGCAGAGAGCACUCGUACCUGGUUAUCCCAGCGAGUUCCAGCUGUUCUUUCCUGUAAAUCGUUACAUUAAAAAGUGUGUGCGUGCAUGCAAAUGAAUGUGUAUGCCUGUGUCUGGGUGCAAAUGAGCAUGUGAGCAUGUAUGAGUGUGCCCGUGAGUGUCUGCAUGUGUAUGAGUGUGCACAGGUAAGUGUGCUCAUGAGGCCUAUGAGUAUGCCUGAGUGUGAAUGUGUAGAACAGUGUGAAUGAGUGUGUGCACAUGAGUGCACAGGUGUCAGCAUGUGUAUGUAAGUGUGGGCAUGUGUAUGUGAUUGUGUGAGUGUGGGCAGGUGAGUGUGCUGGGAAUGUGGUUUGGGGUGGGGAGUGGUGCUUUCUCUAGUGUGUCCUUCGGAACAGCUUGCCUACCUAGCAAAGAAAUGUGACCUUUCUUUUGGAAUUAAAUACAAU